UGUUCAGUGUGGAAAUAUUUGUGUGUCCAGAGGGAAUGUUGUUAGAGAUGGUGUGAUUUUUUUGGGGGGGGGAUUUCACUGGGGCAAGUUGUAUUCUAUUGGAAAGAAACUUUUGGAAAAGGUCAAUGGGUGCCAAGUUUACCAUCUGCUGCUGUCAGUACUAUCUGAAUAACAGCAGGGAAGAGAAGAAUGCUAUUUUGCAUAUGCGUAACACCCCAGCUACCAGACAACCAGAGCUGUUAUCCAGUGACUCCAGCGACACAGAAGACGAGAGCCUUUAUGGGCCACAGUCUUCCAGAAGAAGCCCGUGGAACAAACAGCCGAGCCAGAGAAGCACCGUGGAACCCUGGGUCACCGCAAACAAACCCCCCGACUCUCCCACCAGGCGAGGAUCGGACAGAGAACUACAAGCUUUUAUCAGCAUGAGGGACAAGGCUGACCAGGCCACAGAGGAAUGGGAAAAGCUGAACUAUGACAUUUACACUCUACGCUACACCAGACGUGAAGUCAGAUCUCGAUGGAAGAAAAUCCUGCUGCAGCUAGGUUAUCAGUGUGAGGUAGAUAACCUGCUGUGUGUGAACCGACAGAGCCGCUUAAGUCCAGAUCAAGAGCAUCUCAACAGAGCGAGCGAACUGUUGGGACAGCUGCUUGAACACACCUCUCUGUUUCCUUCAAAAACUGGACACCAGAACAGAUACCUCUACGUCAUGGACCGCCUGGUGUCACUGGACAGUGCUGAAGAAUUUGUCCGACUGGCCAAAUUAAAAUAUCCGAAGAAAGGAGGCUGAGAGGAAGGGUAGAGAGUCAUUUUCAGUCAUCACGGUAAUAGACACUGUACGAGUAUACUAUAAUUUAACUGCAGAGACAAAGCAAGUUAAAGCACUGAAGGUAUGUUCAGUUAUUUAAUGACUUUUAGUUUGUAGUUUUAGGCAAUUCCAUUCAUAAUGCUGUAAAAAAUGUUUUAUGUGCUUUUCCUUUUUAGCUAGAAGUUCGGCUAGAAGUUUGUGAAUGUUCUUUUUUUAGUGAUCAGCUUGUUAAUACAAAGUUUUGAUGAUGUGAGAUGGAGUUCAAACAUUUGUUUUGUGCUUGUUUCUUGGAAGGUAUUGUCGGUAUAUUGACAAUUCAAAAAAAGCUUAGAAGCCCUCUGCAUGUGUGCGUAGAUGUAUUCUGUGACAACCCAUCUGACAAUAAUAAAU